AUGGGACUCCAAUCUCUCUACACCGCCGCCACCGGCAUGCAGGCGAUGGAGACGAAGCUCGACGUCAUCGCCAACAACCUGGCGAACUCGAGCACCACCGCCUUCAAGCGCGAUCGGGCCAACUUCGAAGACCUCUUCUACCGGCAGUACCGCUUGCCCGGCUCGGAAGACGCCGACGCGAACAUCACGGCGACCGGAAUCGAUGUCGGGCUCGGCGUCCGUGUCUCGAGCACGCAGGCCGACUUCGAAGUCGGCGCCUUCCAGAACACCGGCAACGAGCUCGACAUCGCCAUCGAAGGCGACGGGUUCUUCGAAGUGACCGGCCCGGCGGGUGAGCUGCUCUACACGCGCGCCGGGAACCUGAACCGCAACGCCAACGGCGAGCUGGUCGUUGGUUCGGCGAACAUCGGCUACCGACUCAACCCGCCGAUCACGAUCCCUCAGGAGGCGACUGGGAUCGUCAUCGCGAACACGGGAGAGGUCAGCUUCUCUCAGAGCGGACAGACCGACUACACGCAAGCGGGCGUGAUCCAGCUCGCGACGUUCAUCAACCCGGACGGCAUGCUCAAGCUGGGCGACAACCUGUUCCAGCCGACCGAGGCGUCCGGUCCGGUCACCAACGUCAACCCGGGACAACCGGGCGUUGGGUUCCUUGCGCAGGGGUUCCUGGAAGCGUCGAACGUCAACGCGACGACCGAGCUGAUCGACCUGAUCAACACGCAACGCAGCUUCGAACUCAACUCGCAGGUGAUCCGGGCCGGCGACGAGAUCAUGGCGCUGAUCGCCAACCUCAUCGUGCUAACGAGACCUGUCAUCGCCGCCUUGCUGCUCGCCGCGACCGCCUUGGGCGACCGCGCGACCGGCGCAACGAUCCAGCUGCUCGACUCGGCGACGCCCGACGGCGCGAUCGUCCGCUUGCGCGACGUCGCUCGGAUCGACUCGCCAGACGCGAGCGAACGGUCUCGCCUGUCGGCCUUGCCGAUCAUGCCCACACCGCCGCCCGGCACCAGGCAGUUCGUUUCGGCAGGCUCGAUCCGAGAACUGCUCACCGCCCAAGGCGAGUCCGCCUCGCGCCAUCGGUUCGGCGGCGCGUACCGCGUGCUGAUCGAGACCGCCGCCCAGCGGGAACGACCAGCCUCGGAGAAAGACGUCGCGGGCUGGGGCCCCGCACGACGCCGGGCGUCCGCAGGCGGCUUCGGCUUCCGCGCCCCCGCGGGCUCUCAGGCGACGCAGCGAGCGACGCUGACGCCCCGGCAGCGCGUUCCGAGCCGGCGCGAAGCGCAGCAGAUCGAACAAGUCGUCGUCGAUCGGGUCCAGUCGGCGCUCGACGCCCGCCUCCGCACGGCGCCCGACGCGACGCCGCUGUUGGUGCGUGGCGUCCAACUGUCGCAAACGGCCCUUCGCGAACUCUUGUUCAGGCAGGAACGCGACCUCGAAGUCCGUUUGCCGUCCGCCAGACCUAUCGACGCCGGCAGCGUCUCGGUCGAAGUGUGGCCGUCGUCGCGUGACGACGCCGACGUGUUCCGCGCGGUCGCCGAGUUGAUCGAGCCCACCUACCGGGUCGUCGCCGCGGCGCCGAUGCAGCGUGGGUCGCUCGUCACCGCAUCGGCGGUCCGCCGCGAGAUGAUUCCGGUCGACCAGCUCGAACAGACGAUCGCCAACCGCUACUCGGAGCUUGACGAAGCGAUCGGCAAAGAAGCCACCCGCACGAUCCGUGCGGGCGACAUCCUGUCCGAAGCCAACACGGCGCCUCCCCUGAUGGUGCGUCGUGGCGAUCAGGUGACCGUCACCAGCGGCGGGGGAGGCAUCUCCGUUAGCUUGCAAGCCACCGCCCGCUCCGACGGCCGCGAGGGCGACCUCGUGCAAGUCGAGGCCUACGACCGUCGCGAGAAGUUCAACGCCCGGGUCGUCGGCCCGCGUCGAUUGGCGAUCCUGGCUCCAAUGACCGUUACACGCUUCGCUUUGCUCGCUUUCGCCGUCGUCGCAACCUGUGCGGGUGUCGCCACGGCGCAGGACGGCAGCCUGAUGAACAAGUUCGCCACGCCGGCGCAGGGCGCCGCGACCCUCACGAACAGCUCGUUCAUCUAUCAGACGCUCCCGCCCGAGGCGAUGGCCCGACCGCUCGAGGUGCAGAGCAUCAUCACCGUGCUGGUCGACUACCGCUCGGUCAUGCUCAGCGAGGGCGACAGCGAGACGAUCAAGGUCGGCAGCUUCAACUCGUCGCUCACCGACUGGAUCAAGUUCGACGGUCGCGACAUCUUCCCAGCGCCGCAGUCGCAGGGGGACCCGACGAUCUCGGGGCAGCUCAACAGCCAGUCGGUCGCCAACUCCGACAUCGAGCAGCGCGAGUCGCUGACGUUCCCGAUCGCGGCGAAGGUGGUCGACAUCCGCCCGAACGGCAACCUCGUCAUCGAGGGCCGCCGCGAGAUCCGGGUCAACGAAGAGGUCUGGAUGACUUACCUCACCGGGACCGUUCCUCGCCAGAUGAUCGGGCCCGACUGGACGGUCCGCGACACGGCGAUCGCCGACCUGCGGAUCGACAAGUACGAAGAGGGCGCCGUCCGCGACGGCUACUCACGCGGCUGGCUGGGUCGCUUCUACGGCAAGUACAAGCCCUUCUGA